AUGGACACUUUUUUCAGACGUCAUUUUAAGAGGAAAGACGCUGGAGAUGUGUUGCACGACGGGCCCGAACCCUGCCGCCACAGAAGGCCGAGCAUCGCUGUGCCAACCAGCCGUGCCCGGCGCCGCUCCAGCAUCGGGCUUCCGUCCAACGCACUAGCCCAGCGCAGGCGGUCCAGCGUCCAGCCCCUGCCUCGAAUCGCCAAUCAAUCGUCGCAAAAAAGCUACGUCAGGCGGCGUUCCAGCACCACCACGCCAAAGGCCAAUCCCCGCUUCGCCGUACGGCGUAAAAACGUCGGCAAACUACGCAACAUCGACACGCAUCUCCUCGGUCCAUCAAUGCUGCUGGCCAGCCUGAUCCAGAUGACGGAAGAAGAAGAGGAGGAAGAAAACGGUCGCAGUCUGCUACCAGGCCAAGUGGAACUCAAGGGAAGCAGCCCGAAGUUUAGGAGCCACACAGAUGUGCUUUCAGAGGGAGACAGUUACAGCGAAGACUCCAGUGAAGAUUCUGACGACAGCCGACGCACGGACCCAUGCCACGAGCUCUCGGAGGAGGCCGACAUGUCGGACUGGGAGAUGAAACGGUCUGGCAUCUUGUGCCAGGAGGAAUGUCUUCCUCUGGCUGCGAUGGCGGAGCGGGUCCAGGCCCACCCGCUGAUCCGAGUUCCGCGCUGCCUCCGGAGGAAUUCGUCGCAUUAUGGGCACGCAGAGCCGGGCCCGCACGGCCGCUACUGCCGCAGCAGCCAGAGGAAGCGCCGCAGACGGGUUUCAACCAUCUCUAAAGCGGGAAGCCCAUGGCCUGGGAGAGGUCUGCCGUUGCCUAAUCGAAGAAGCUCCACUUGCUACAGGGGUCAAGGGCCUCUCAAUCCUCUACUCGAAGCUUAUUAUGACCCCAGACUGGAGUCUUGGAGUGGAUUUCUGUCAAAAGCCAUCUCCAAAACUGGUGUGCCACAGAAUGCUGCCCACUCCAGUGCCACGGCACCCGCCAAAAUUGAACCCAAGAAGAUCUGCAGCACCAUCGAGUGGACUGAAGAUGCCCAGUAUGGUCAACACGUGUGGUUCGAUACCAGUCCAGCCGGAGACUUCUGUUACGUUGGGGAGACCCACUGCUUUGCAAAGUCACUGCAAAAGUCUCUUCCUCGCCACAAAUGCGCAGGUUGCAAAAUAGCAGUUCACACUGUAUGCAUGGACCAACUGGAGCAGAUUAACUUUAGGUGUAAACCAUCAUUUAGAGAUUCAGGGAUGAGAAACAUCAGAGAGACACCAAACAUGAGGCAUCACUGGGUCCACAGAAGACGACAAGAGGGAAAAUGUCGUCAGUGUGGAAAGGGUUUCCAGCAGAAAUUCUCCUUCCACAGUAAAGAAAUCGUGGCCAUCAGCUGCUCCUGGUGCAAGCAGGCAUACCACAACAAGGUAAGUUGCUUCAUGAUAGACAAAAUCGAUGAGACGUGUUCCCUUGGAGCUCACGCUGCUGUGAUCGUUCCUCCGACCUGGAUCAUCAGACUCCGUAGACAGCCGACCUCAUUAAAAAGCAGUAAAAGAAAGAAGAAGACGUCUUUGAAAAGCAAGUCCAACAAGAAACCCGCAGAGGUAACCAAACGCCGUCCUGAACCAUCUUUAGUAACCUUCAAUGAAUGUGUUGAUGUAAACAAUGAGGUAUUGAUAUUCAAAUCUCAGCAGGAUGGGAAAUGGAAACACUUCGUCGUGAGACCGGUCUCUUCCAUUCUCACCAAACCACUGCUGGUGUUUGUCAAUCCGAAAAGCGGAGGAAACCAGGGAACGAAAAUCAUCCACUCUUUCAUGUGGUACCUGAACCCUCGGCAGGUGUUUGACCUCAGUCAGGGCGGCCCGAGAGAAGGGUUAGAAAUGUACAGCAAAGUGCCCAACCUGCGCAUCCUGGUUUGUGGAGGAGAUGGAACGGUCGGCUGGAUUCUGUCUGUACUGGACGAGCUCAAGUUGAAACCUCAGCCUGCGGUGGCCAUUAUGCCUCUCGGGACGGGAAAUGACCUGGGCCGAACUCUCAACUGGGGCGGGGGAUACGCAGAUGAGCCGGUGUCCAAGAUCCUGUCCAAUGUAGAAGAAGGCAACAUCGUCCAACUGGACCGAUGGAACCUGAGCGUUGAACCAAACAAAGAAGCCAGCGAUGAGGAAAAGGACGAGCAACAGACAGACAAGCUUCCCAUCGACAUCUUCAACAACUACUUCAGUCUCGGGUUCGACGCACACGUGACGCUUGAGUUUCACGAGUCCAGAGAGGCUAAACCUGAAAAGUUCAACAGUCGCCUUCGCAAUAAGAUGUUUUACGCGGGGACGGCGUUUUCAGACUUCCUGAUGAGAAGCUCCAAAGAUCUUUCCAAACACAUCAGAGUGGUGUGUGAUGGUGUUGACCUGACCAGUAAAGUUCAGGAUUUGAAACUUCAAUGUCUCCUGUUUCUCAACAUUCCCAGAUAUUGCGCCGGUACGAUGCCGUGGGGAAACACGAGCGAACACCAGGAUUUCGGGCCUCAGAAACACGACGACGGACUGAUCGAGGUCAUUGGAUUCACCAUGACCUCCCUGGCAACCCUUCAGGUUGGAGGUCAUGGUGAGAGGCUUCAUCAGUGUCGAGAGGUGCUCUUGACCACCUUCAAGUCCAUUCCUGUUCAAGUGGACGGAGAGCCCUGUAAACUGGCACCGUCCAUCAUCCGUAUCACCCUCAGGAACCAGGCCAACAUGCUGCAGAAGACCAAGAGAAGAAUCUCCAUUCCACAGCUGAACGAUCAGCUGCCCAUCACAGAGAAGGUCCCGAUCCAGGUGAACCGGAUCAGCAUGUGCGAUUAUGAAGCUCUGCAUUAUGAUAAAGAGCAGCUCAAGGAGGCCUCUAUUCCAAUUGGAGUGAUUAUGGUUUCCGGGAACAGCGAUCUGGAGACGUGCCGGCAGCAUAUCGAGAUGUUACAUGAGGAGUGGGAUCGAGUUGAUACAGGCACACUACACGUGCCAAAACUUUCACCAAAAUGGUGCUUCCUGGACUCCACAACUGCAGAUCGCUUCUACAGGAUAGACCGCGCUCAGGAGCACCUCAACUAUGUGACGGAGAUCUCCCAAGAUGAGCUUUUUAUCUUGGACCCGGAGCUAGUCACCAAGGAGACGGUGGGCACGUCGCCUGGAAUGCCGGGGGCGAUGGAAACCGUGGGGGGAUGUUCUGACACUGCAGACCGAUUCGCUUUUCCGGCCUGUUCUUCAGAGCCUUCGCUGUGCAGGUUUGGUCACGCUGAAGGUCAGACUGAAUGCGUGUCGACUUGCAUGGUCCCGGACAGCGACCCGCAAAUGCAGAGCGACACAGAGGCCGGCACAAAGAAAGGCCUGACCAGGAGGGGAGCAAAAGUUAUUAAUAUAAAUCGUUUAAACUCUUCAGAAGGGGAAUCAGUAAGUGUUCAAAGGAUAGAUGUUUGGAAUGACAACAAUCAAGAAAUAAUCACCUUGCUCUUUGAGACUGUGAAGUCAGACAACUACGAGAAGCUGGUCAAGAUUCACGAAGAAGGUGCAAAUCUCCUGAUUCAGGAUCGGUUCGGCUGCACCCUUCUCCAUUAUGCGGUCGACGUCGGCAAUAAAGACAUCGUGAAGUACAUCUCCGAGAAUGCUCCUUCCUGUAUCCUCGAUGUAACAGAGAAAUCAACAGGGAAGACGGCCCUGCACAAGGCAGCUGCUUUAGGCCAAAGGACCAUCUGUUGCUACCUGGUGGAUGCAGGUGCGUCCCUCAUGAAGACAGACCUGCAGGGUGAUUCUCCAAAGAUGUACGCUGAAAAAGCUAAGGACUUCGAGCUAGCCGAGUACUUGGAAAACCAGCAGCACUACCAGAUGAUCCAAAGAGAAGACCACGAGACUGCGGUGUGACCCAAACCACUAAACCCCCUAAUGCUUACAAUCCAGCUCAUCCGGCACGGGCACAUGUUAGCCAUGUUAUGAUGCAGCAUGUAUGUUCGCUCUUUGUGUCGACUGUAACGCAGAGAGUGUUUGUGUUUCAGGAUGCAUGAGUUUUAUCUUCAGUUAUCAAAACUGCACAAAGCUGCAUCGCUUGGCUAUUUACUGUAGGAAACCAUGUGCAGAAUUCCGGAAACUUCAGGGUGGAUGUAUAAACGUGGCUUUUAUUGAACUACUAUAAAGCAAACCAUAUAAACCUCACAAGAGAUUUAAAACAGGGAGGGGAGGUUGUUUUUUAACUUCUGCUGCUUUUGGUUACGUUACUUAAUAUACUUUUGUUUGAAUUGAAACGCUGUUACUGAUAGCAUAUCAGCGGGUUUUAGAGAUAUGCGUAGACUUAAGUUAUGUGACCUGAAACAUCUGCGGACAUCCGCAGACGUGUUGGCUCACACUCCUGUGUUUGUUCUGGUAGGAGGUCGAUGUUGUUUUCAUGGCCUCCUGCGUUUAAGAAUGCUUCCUCAGCUGUGGCUUACGGGCAGUUUCUCUCUUUGUGGUAAACGCUUGCAUUUUCUGGAAACAUUCCAUUGAUUAUAGCUUUGGAUAGGUAAGAAUUCAAUUCUGUGUGCAUCUUAUUUUAUAAGUCGUAAUGAUAUUGUAGUCGAUAUACGCCGAUUAGAAUUUAGUAGUUUUACUUUGAAAGAAAACUUUAAUCUAGGCAGCAUAUUUGAAGUCGGAAUCACAUUUCAUGGCAAAGAAUUCUCGUAUCGACUGCUGUACUUUUUCGAUAGCGUUUGAAAAGAUAUUUCAAAUUUCAGGGCACUGAAUUUAUGAAGUAAAAAACGUAACUUUGUGUUAGUGUCAAGUUAGAUAUCCAGCCAAACUGACCAGUUUAAAGGGACAGUUCACCCAAAAAUGAAAAUUCCAUCAUUAUUUAUGCACCCUCAGGUUGUUUCAAUCCGGUAUAAAUGUCUUUGUUCAGAUGAACACAGAGGAAGUUAUUUGGAAGAACGUAGCGGUUUUCAGUGCUGGGACAUAAUCCACUGAGAAUUUUAAGAAUUUAGAAGACAAAUUGGUCUGGGGUUACUACUAGGGUAGUCAAUGAUGUCCCGGAACUGAAUAUAAAUUACAUUCUUCCAAAUAUCUUUUCUGUGUUCAUCAGAAGAAAGUAAUUUAUACAGGUUUGAAAUUACAUGAGGGUGAGUAAAUUAUUUUUGGGAACUAUCCCUUUAAGUACACUGAAAGUUUCUCGUUUUUUGCCAGAAGUGUUUGGGUUAUACUUUAUAAAUAAAGGUUCUGUAUUGUUCUGUUCGGCAACUUUUCAAAGAACUUCUCUGUCAACUUUCUUGUAGUGGAAAAAGCUCACACUGACUCAAAAAACUGUGUUAACCUAUAUAUAAAACAGUAUAAAAACUCUAAAAGAAAACACUAUUAUUAGGGGUGAUAUUUAAAACCACGAUUAACGGUAUUUUGUCAAUUGUACAUAUAUCGUUAUAUUAUUAACUCAACACCCUUUGAAAUUUUGCCUUAAGAAUGACAAUCGUUGCAAACUUCAUAUAAUUUCUUUCUUCCUAGAAACAGAUUGAAAGGCAUUUCAAUAAUACCGUUACCCAUGAUAACCGCAUUGUGAAAACAAGAUAUUGUGAUAUUAUAUUCUAUACCUAGUACUUAAAAGAACUUUAUUAUUUUAUCGUUUAUGUUUUUAAGGAUAUACUCAAAAACCCAAACAGCUUGAUGGGUUUCUUCCUUCGCACUGGUCUUUUAUUAAUAUAUUUUUGUCUUCGUCUUCAUAUAGGUUUCAAUUUUGGUAUAUUCAACCACUUUAUUUACAUGUUAAAUAGACUAAAAUGCUUGAAUUAUUACAGUGACAGAGCAGAAAGCAGCUAUUUGACAACACUGAGUUGUCUGCGUUGUCAAACAUUGCCAUAGUGUGUGGGUGUGUGUUGAGAUGUCAUUACAAUAGAAUAAAAUUGUUUUCGUCCGUGCAUUGUACGAGUUGCUAUGCAAUUCCUAAUAGACAAUAUAUGUAUAUAAUCUGUCAAAGGUUUUAAACGUGUAAACAAGCUCUCCUGACUUACAAUUUUUGCAUUUGUGUGUGAUAUGAACUUUAGAUCAAGAUAAUGCUUUAUUUAUAAUAGAGUAGAUAAGAAUUUUAAUAGAGGAGUAGUCAUGUAUUUGUUCUUCGGGGCUGGUUUGUUAAUAUAUACUUGAAACACAAAAUAAAGUCUUUGGAAACAAA